AUGGUGAUGGGGGUUGUCAAUACUGGCCGAGGGUUUAUUCGGGAUGAGAAGAGGAGAGGAUCGAUUACGGGCCGUCGGUCGACGAGUCAGACUGGGACGUCCACGCCGUCUAGCCUUACGACUACCCAGCCGUUCAGACCGCCUACUGCCUCCCUCCUCUAUGCCCCUUCUUCCCAACCCGCGCCGCCCUUCGCCCAACCCACCGUCCAGUCAGCGGGGGUGAUGGUGCAAAAGCCAGAGGAGGAGAUGGAGGAGGAGGAAGCCAAAAGGCAGCGGGAUGGAUCGACUCGGGGAAUAGGAGGAUCGUGGAGUCCGCGAGGUUGUGUAGCCAGUGGCCGCAGAGAGCAAACAUCUCAUACCAACCACAGCGUUUCUGCAACCCGCACUACGUACGUCGCGAUGGUGAUGCAGCGCCAAGCAGAGAUCGAACAACAGCUGUUUACGACCUCGUCCACCUUCUUCUAUUGUCAGCACCAGCCCCAGCACCACCGGGGGGAGGAGCGCAGGGGGGAGCACGAGUCGGACGACGAGACGGAUACGUCCGUGAGCGAGAUUUCUGGUUAUGCCAGUUCGCCUAUGGGGAAAGAAGAGAAGCAGAAGAGGGCGAAAGAACUGAGAGAAGCGAUGGCAAGCUCGCUGUUAUGCUGCCGUCAUUCCAACGCUUCGCUCCCUUCCCAGCCUCACGAAACCGAAACCCUCUCUACACACUCCCCUCCCCUUCCCCAGCACCAAGCCCGCCAACCCACUCGCGUCAGGACCCAGUCGUGCGGUGCCAAGCGCCCCAUGGUCGGGCAGGGGCAGCAGGGCGAAGAGGAAAAGCGGCGCAAGGUGGAAGAGGACGAAGACGUCAAGAUGGUCGUUGAAGAAGCUGUCGAUAACGGGGUCAUACUCUCUCCCUCAGAGAGCGCGAAAGCGUCUGUUUCGGCGGCGGCGCAGGGUGGGCAGAUGUCUGCUUCUGUGCCCGACUUGUCCAAAGCCCACGCGCAAAACCCUACUCCGGUAUUCGGCAUGGUCGUCAGAACGUCCGAAUCGCACCCUAUCAUCGUUUCCCCAUUCUUCCCCUCUGAAUUGCUGGACAUCUUGUCGAGGAAUGUGUUAGGGCAGGUGGAAGAAGGAAGAGGAUGA